AUGGCUACCGAAGAGUUCAGGACGCCUCACCGGCCCCGGUAUCGCGUCACCAAACCGCAGAAUCGCGGAGAACGAUCCCAGCCCUGGACAGCCUCCCGAUGCCAACGGCUGCUUCGCCCUUUGCUUUCGCGCAUCGCACUUCUCAGGAGAGACCUUGCUUUGCUGUCAAGUCAAAGAUCUGUCACUACCCCGGCACAGGAAGACAAUUCAGGAAAGCGUCGAACUGAAGACUGUGCAUGGCUGCUUCCGCGCAAGAGAUUGCGUCACACGUAUUCUCAAAAAUGUGCCGACACUUCUGUGAUUGAUUCCGUGGCUGCAGAGAGCUCGAGAUUCAAGGCAGCUAAGGAUCUCCAGCGAGACAGCUCAGCGGUUAACUCUGUCAGUUACACUCCGCUUCUGCGCCGGGCUAGGGGUCAUCUUUCAUCCUCCCCAAUCCAAGAGCCAGAACACAUCCCACAACACCAGUCCGCAGGGAGGAAAAAGGUUCUUGGAUCUCAAGCCCAUCUUGAGGAUCGCCUCUCCCUACUGCGAUCGCAGUUGUCUCAAGCCAGGUAUUCGGACCUGGAGGCAAUCUAUCGUAGCUUGGAGGCUCUACUUACUGCAACAAGUCGCCAGCCCAGGAGAAAGGGCGCCUCAUCGCUGCUUGAUAUGUGCUUAAGGAAGGUGCCUCAAUACAUCUCGGGGGUUGAGGCAUGGGAAGUGUACGAGGCAGAAAAGACCGGGACCAAAUCAAGUUCGACUGCAUCUGACGUCUCCUCUCGGGUUUACACUGAGCUUGAAGAACUAGGGGCGUCUGAUAGCGGAUGGCAACACCUGAGGACUGUCGUAGAAACGGAUGCUGUGAGUGUGAUCAGGGACGCCAUGGCCGAGGGACUGUUCCCUGACGACUUCUCAAUGCUGCUGCUCGACCUCUGCGCAUGCUACGGUAUUGGGAACCCACUGAGUGAUGCUAUGCAAACCUUUCUUGCUCGCCAAUACCCCGGGCCCUCCAGCUCUGGCUCAGACUUCUCUGAGGAUACAAAGCUUCAACCACUAAGAUUUCUUCGAGAGUUAUCCCAAGACAGAGGCCGCAAGUCUCUCUUGCUCCAGCAAUGUUCUCAGUUGUUAUUGCAGGGGCUUCUGCCCUCUACAUGGCUAGUGACGGGAGAACUGCAGCAGCUUUGCGGCCUGGCAUAUCAAAUGCUAACGCGGGAGGAGGUUGCACUUGAUGCUGUCGAUUUCCUGGCCACCUCAACAGUCCUACUAUGCAGACAUCAGCGGUCUAAGAAAGGACAGGAUGUUAAAUAUGAGAUGGUGCUUGCUUGUCAGAGGACAUUGCUGGAAUUGCUGUCCACUUUAUCCGCGAUGCGGCGACUAGCCGAGGACGCACUACAAGACAGCGAAAGCUCACCUUCAGCAGUUAGUAAGGCAAACUAUAUCAGCAGAAGCCUGGGUUUCACUUUCCAAGCUUGUCUAGCCGAGAUAGACUCCUGGAAAGGAAGAAGAGGCAAGCCGAGAGAUCUCCUACGUUUGGCCACUUUCCUGUCCUCGGACAUGGCACAAGACAGCCGCACCGACACCUCUGUAAUGAACGCUGUUACGUCCGCCUACGAGAGCAAGAAAAAUCAGGCUGCCCCCAAAGGCGCUUCUGCACCAUCAAUCUACGACAACAUGAUUUCGCUUGUAUCAUCAAUUGCGAAAACGUGCGGACGGGUCGCCGGUCAAUCCUCACGAGAGUAUCUUGCUAGAUUUGCCCAACAAUUAGGACGAGUAGGGCUACAAGAGCAGAUACUUGAAGGCAUACUCAAGGCGGGCGCAUUUUCCCUUGCGCAGCAGACCAAAAACGUCCGAGAUCUCAUCUUCGCUGAACAGUUGGUCUCAUCAACCUUGGGCCCGGACAACGAGCAGCAAGGCAAACCACAGCAACAGUCACUAUUCGAGGGCUACCGAUGGGAUGAGACAAUCAGCGAAUGGGUGACGGUCAGCCCCGUGGUGCAAAGGUCACAGGUUGCAGAGCAAGCUCACAGACCAUUCACUGGCAGAAAGGCGACUCGGAGACGGACCUCGGUGCAGCCUCUAUACCCCGAGCCGCGAACCCCGACAAAGUCAACACCUUCGACGUCUAUUGUCGCAGACUCGCCAACAGCUCCAGAAUCUGGCAGAUAUGCGGGCAGUGAAACAUCAAGACGAGGGCUAAGGGCCGAACCAAACGGCAAAGCCGGGAGGCAAGGGGGUUCACGAUGCAACGAAUGUGAAGCAAGAAUUCCCGAUUGCCUCUCCGGCAGAAGUUGCGGUAGAUGCAACAACGAGUCCGCCAAGAGGGGUGUUCAUGAUGAGCUGGGCCAUGACAAUGAUGACGACAACAAAGAGAACCGGGAGCAGGUACGGCGGAAGCGAUACAGUGACGUGCCAAGAUCAGUCCAGCCCGGUACGAAGCGGCGCAUUCGUCUGUCCGGCGGCGGUGCUCACAGCGACGACGAGCUUGGGAUAUAG